AUGCUUUUCACCAACGUCGCCGCCAUUGCCCUUGGCUUCUUUGCCUCCUCAGGCCUCGCCGCUCCCUCUUGGGCAAAAUAUGUCACUGUCCAACUGGCCAACGAACAAUCUGGAACCAAUUCCGACAUCACUAUCCCCAUUGACGGAGUGAUGCGUCCCGUCCAAGAGCUCUGGGGUCAAACCGAUGUUGCACACGAGGGUCUUGUCUUCGCGUCGAGCGCCAUGUUAACCGCUUUCCCGGAGACUACUAUUUGCACCUUCACUGAAGGGCCGCGCCUGGAUGCGACCUUGAAUGCGGAGAAGGCAUACACUUCAUUCGGAGGAGUCAGAGACCUCUGUGCUGCCUAUGUGAUGUGCAAGUGCGAGGACUUUUAA